AUGUCUGCUUCAUUGCCUGGGCCCCGCGACGUGCCCAACUCACAAUAUGACUUGACCUCCUAUUGGGGUCGUGUCCGUCAUGCGGCCGACAUCUCAGAUCCUCGGACGUUACUUGUCUCCGGGACGGGAUUGGAGCAUGCCAAGAGUCUCAUCUCAAUGUACAAGCAGAACAAGAUUCCCGCCAUGACCCCGGAGCUGUGGAAGGCUAAGAAGGUGGUGGACUCGACAUUGCAUCCGGAUACUGGCGAGCCAGUCAUGCUGCCUUUCCGCAUGUCGGCCUAUGUUCUCACCAAUUUGGUCGUGACGGGAGGCAUGCUUACGCCGGGCCUGGGAACAGCGGGUACUCUUCUCUGGCAAAUCGGCAAUCAAUCGCUCAACGUCGCCAUCAACAACGCCAAUGCCAACAAGUCCACUCCGCUCUCCACUUCGCAAAUCGCAAAGUCCUACCUCAUGGCCGUCACCGCCUCCUGCUCCGUCGCCAUGGGUCUGAAAGCCCUCGUGCCUCGACUUAAGGGUAUCUCCCCCAACACCCGUCUGAUUCUGUCCCGUCUGGUUCCCUUUGCCGCCGUCGCCAGCGCCUCCGCCUUGAAUGUGUUCCUCAUGCGCGGUGAAGAAAUCCGCCGCGGUAUCGACGUCUACCCCGUCCUGUCCGAUGCCGAACGGGCCAAGCGUGAAGCCGGCGGAGACGACACCGAGCCCCUCCAGAGUCUGGGCAAGAGUAAGAAAGCCGCAACUCUCGCCGUGGGUGAAACGGCGAUUUCUCGAGUGCUGAACGCCACGCCGAUCAUGGUCCUGCCCCCGCUUAUUCUGGUCCGUCUUGAGAAAACUGCCUGGUUGCGUGCGAACCCCCGCAUGGUGCUCCCCGUCAAUCUGGGCUUGAUCUUGACCACUUCGUUGUUUGCGUUGCCCUUGGCGCUCGCGGCCUUCCCGCAGCGACAGGCAAUUAGUGCGGCUUCUUUGGAGGAAGAAUUCCACGGUCGCGGAGGGUACCAGGGCAUGGUUGAAUUCAACCGGGGUAUGUAA